GAGCUACAGGCGCCUCUUUAAAGAAAGAUCUCUGACUCUCAUACACCUUUCUCUUUCAAUAUAUAAGUCUUCUCGGGAGAUCCAGAGGAAGCAAAGGAAGCCAUGGCCACAGAACCACUCAUCCAAGGAGCAAUCAUGCUGCUAGCCUUCGUCAUGUUCUGGGCCCUCAAGUACCUCUCUCAACAAGGCCUAACCAAGUUCCGAUCCAAACACCGAGCCACACUCCAAACCCAGCGUCAGCUCAUCCAAGCCUCUCGCCUCCUCGCUCGAGCCCGAGCCACCACCAAGAAAUCUCAAUCUCAGUCCCUCGCCAAAACCGCGCUCACCGAAGCCGACGACGUGAUCGCGAUCUCUCCAGACGAUGCCGCCGGCCACAUAGUCCGCGCCUUGGCUCUGGAUCUGCUCGGCCACCACACCGCCGCUCUCAAAUCGUUCGAUACGGCGCUGACUUAUCCGCGGCUGAAGUCGCUGUCCGUGGGGGAACGAGCCGACGCGCUUGUGAAGAGAGCUGAGAUGAAGGUUGCUGUGAAUCGGCGGCGGAGAAAUGAUUCGGCGAUCGAAGAUCUGGAAGAGGCGGUUAGGCUCGCCGCCGGGACGGAUACGGCGAGGAUAUUCCGUCUUUUGGGAGAGUGUUAUGAGUACAAGGGCUUGAAUGAAAAGGCCCAGUGGGCUUUUAACGAAGCAUUGAAAGCUUAAUAGAGUUCUGUAACGGUUCGUGAUGGAUGAGAAAGACGGAGACUAGUUCGUAGCUCUCUCUUGCAACUUCUUUUUUGUACCCCGCUAUUUUGUAUUCUUUUAGAUUUGUGACGAUUGAUUAGUUAUGAAAACUUCAAAAGCCAAUUAAAAUUAGAAUUGUUAUUUAUCUGAGGUAACUGACAAGGAAUGAAUUGUGUAUUUUGUGCAAUUAUGCUUUGUUGUAGUUAUAAAAACACUAUAAGCCAA